UCGGCAAGAGAAGAGAAGCAGAAACAACAAAUCAAUCGACUCGCCGUCUUGAUUCAAGGCGAUGGCGGCGGCGAUUGGAUGCGCGGUGAGGAGGCUCAUCGGCGGCCAGCGACCCCAGGCAUUGUACAAAGCCGUCGUCUCGCCGCUGGUCGAGCAGGGGCAUGGCCGGCUGAUGCCAAGGCUUAUCAACGGCGGCCGACCUUCCUGUUUUCCUCUCAGAUCUAUGUCCUCCGGCGGCGCAGGUUGCAAAGACUUUUCCGAUGCCGCCGCUGCUGCCCACCCAGCAAACGGCAACGCCGCCCUGAUGCAACCCUGUGGAGAACCUGCGCCAGACCUCGACCCAGAGAGAGCAUGGGCCUAUCGGCAGUACUGCGAGAUCGAGACCAAGAAACACGACCUCUUCUACCUGAUCGCUGAGUUGGAGAAGAGGCACCCAGAUCGUAGGUACACGGGAAAAAACAUGGAGCUCCUCUUCCAUCUUUUCGGACACGUUGAUCCUAAUCCCAGCGAUCCCCUCUGGUGCCGCGCUCGUUCAAGAGAAAGACUCAACAAUUGUCUGCUAUAUGGAAUGCCUACCGCGAUGGCCACUUGGAUGUACAUGGAUUGGGAGAGUUGGAGAAGUAUGUUUGCCUUUGUACUUGGAAUUGGUCACUAGUACAUUUCACUAUGUCAUGAGUCCAGAUAUUAUAAGUGGAGUAAAUUUCGUUAAAGUACACUUUUUGUUGGCUAAAUGUCAAGGAAUUGCACUUCACUAUGUCAUGAGUCCAGAUAUUAUAAGUGGAGUAAAUUUCGUUAAAGUACAC